CCCUGUGCAGCUCCAUCCCGGUCCCCAGCACCCCAGAGCCCCCCAGAAGCGCUGUGCCAGCCUCCCUGUGCAGCUCCAUCCCGGUCCCCAGCACCCCAGAGCCCUCCAGCAGCGCUGUGCCAGCCUCCCUGUGCAGCUCCAUCCCGGUGCCUAGCACUCCAGAGCCCUCCAGCAGCAUCAUUCCAGUCCCCCUGUGCAGGUCCAUCCCAGUGUCCAGCACACCAGAGCCCUCCAGCAGCAUCCUUCCAGUCCCCCUGUGCAGGUCCAUCCUAGGAUCCAGCGCCCCAGAGAGCCCCGGUAACACUGUGCCAGUCUCUCCACGCAGCUCCAUCCCAGUGCCCAGCACCUUGGAGUCCCCUGGCAGCACCAUGUGCAGCCUUGUCCUGGGACCCUGCACCCUGGAGUCCCCUGGCAGCACCACGCCAGGGCUCCCCAACAUCAUUAGCUCAGCGUCUUGCAACCCAAACUCUCCUUGCAGCCCUGCUCUACCACCCUGCAGCUCUGGGUCCCCUGGCAAUGCCAGCACAGCCUCCUGCACCCCAGGGCCCCCUGGCACCAGCUCCACCCCGCAGAAAGCUCCUUUCCAUGGGUGGCGAGCAGCACCUGCAGACUUUUCUUGCAGCCCUGUGGCCUCCGAGCCCCCGUCUGCAGAUGGGAGUGCUGGUCCUCUGCAUUGCCAAGGCACCCCUGAGGGAGCCGAGUCCCCCGCCCCUGUCCCCCCAGAGGAGAGCCCACCUGGCCUCCCUCCCAUCGAGGCAAGUGGGUUGGAGCCUGCUGGGUCAGAAGCCACUGUCACCCCUGUCACCUCACCUGAACUGACCCUGGGUGCUGUGUCCUGGAUGUUGCCGCUGGUGUGGCUGGAGAAGACCCUCAACACCUCAUUCCUGGUGGAAUCCCUGCGGCACAGCCUGCCCCUCCGCAAGCCACAGCAGGAUGCCAGCAGCAGUGUCACCCCCGUGCCCACCGCGGUUGCCAGCACCAGCACGACCCCAGUGCCCACAGUGGUCACUGGCACCAGCAUGACCUCCAUGUCUGUGGUUACUGGCACCAACACGACCCCUGUGCCCACCAUGGUCACUGGCACCAGCAUGACCCCUGUGCCCACUGCAGUUGCUGGCAUCAGCACAACCCCAGUGCCCACAGUGGUCACUGGCACCAGCAUGACCCCUGUGCCCACUGCAGUUGCUGGCACCAGCACAACCCCAGUGCCCACCACAGCCAUUGGAACCAGCAUGACCCCGGCGCCCACUAUGGCCACAGGAACCAGCAUGACCCCGGUGCUCUCCAUGGCCACCGGCACCUUCAUGACACCUCGGGACGUGUGGGAGAGGAGCAUGAACACAUCCAGGGCAAGCAUCCCCUGUGCCAAGGAUAGCGCUGCUGAAACAGACUCCCUGCUCUGGCACUGUCCCCGGGAGCAGCUGAAGACCCUGCCUCGGGCAGAGCUGGAGGGGCGGCUGGAGAGCACCCUCAUCAUCAUCGAAGCCCUCUCGCUGCAGCUGCGUGACUGGCAGGAGAGCCAGCGGCUGCGGCCUGGCGUGGGGCCGGCCAAGCAGAGGGAUGCGCUCACACAGACGGACAUCACCCACCCUGAAGGGAGCACCUGGAGCAGCCAGUGCCCCCUGUUCCAGGGCCUCACGGAUGCCGCCUUUCAGAGCUUGCAGGAUGAGCAGGGAGCCCUGGCACAGGAGCAGGAGCAGGAGAGGGCCCUGGUGUCCCAGUGCCAGGCUGUGCCUGAGAGUGCUCCCAGCAAGUUGCAGAGCUGCCUGGAAGAGCGGGAUGCCAUCAGGCAGCGAGUGGAUGAAGCCCUACGAGCCAAGGAGCAGGGAUAUCUCUUCCUGGAGGCUUUCUGUGCCCAUGCCAGUGCCCAGAUCUGUGCCCGUGACCAGAGCCUGGCCUCCCAGCAAGAACUGGGCAUGCUGCUGGCCCGUGCCAUCAACCUGCAGACAUCCCUGUCUGCUGAGGCACAGACUUUCCGGGAAUUCUUAGAUGUCACCUUUGAAAAUCUGGAGAAGGAAAGGAGAGCCCUGGAUGAGGAGCGGGAGCAGACGAGGGCCCUGGUGUACCAGUCCCAUGCCAUGUUGGAGCGUGUGCCUGGCAAGCUACAGAGCUGCCUGGAGGAGCUGGCUGCCACACGGGAGCGAGCAGAGGAAGCUCUUCGAGCCAAGAAGGAGGCAUCCUGCCAGCUGCAGAAGACCGUGGUGGCUCUGCAGGACACAGAGGCUCAGCUGGAGCAGCUGACAGUGGCCAACUCUCGCCUGGGCAAAGACCUGAGCUCCGUGAUGAUAAAUCUGGCCAGCGUGGAGCAGGAGCGGGAUGCGCUACAGCAGGAGAAUGAGAAGCAGUGGGAGGAGAUGGCCCAGCUGGCGCGGGAGAGGAACUCCCUGCAGCAGGAGUGCAAGGAGCUGUGCCAGGAGCUGCGGGAGGCCACCGAGUGCCGGGAGUUCCUGGAUCAGGAGAACCAAAUGUGCCGCACGCAGCUGCUGGAGGUGGAGGCCAGGCUGAACUCCACGCUGGCCACGCUGCAGGAGCGUGUCCUGCAGCACGAGGAGCUGAUGGAGUCUCACCAACGCCUGCGGGAAGAGCAGGCUGCCCUCAGCAAGGAGCUGAACAGCACCAAGGCCGAGCUCGACAGCUUGCAGAAAAAGAGGAACAAAGUUUCUUGGUGCUCCACGGACAUUAUGGAGAGCAAGAUGCGGUUGCAGGAGCUUGCUGACUGCCUCAAGGCUGCUCUGGAAGAGCAGGAUGAUGAUGAUGCUCCAUCGAGAAGCAAAGCCUGGACCCCGGGCCCCCGGACCCCGGGCUGGCAGACACCGCGCCGUGCCUGGACCCCGGCAUUCCGCACCCCGGCGUGCUGCACCCCGCACCACGCCAGCAGCUCCUCUGUGGGCAGUGUCCUGAAAGCUGAGGCAGGGAAAGAUGCCAAUGAAACCACCAGGAGUGGGAGUAGAGUUGCCAAGGACAAACUUGCAUCCACACCAAAGCCGAUAGACCCUGAGGACACUCUGCUGGACAGCGUGAAGGAGCUGAGAGCUGUGGUUUCCAACCUCGCCAUGCUGAGCUGCCGCAUCCAGGAACUGGAGCAGAGCGAGUUCAGGGCACUGCAGACGGAGAUCUCUGACCUGCAGCUCCGCCUGGAGACAGUGACAGCUGAGAGCCAGGAGAAGGUGGAUGCCCAGGCUGCCACCAUCGCCAAGCUGAACAAGGCGCUGAGGACCAAGCUUGAGAACGAGAAGGAGCUGCAGGACGUGGUGAAACAGCAGGAAGAGAAGAUGUUUCAACUCAUCGACAAGAGUGGGGAAGUCACGAGGCUGAAGGCAGAGGUCUCCCAGCUGAAGCGCUCGCUCCAGCACGCAGAGACAGAGGCCAGGGUGCUGUGGGAGGAGAUGCGGGGCAAGGAGCACCAGGUGGACACUGCCUACGUCCAGGAGCGGGUCAUGCUGCGGCGGGAGGUGGAUAAACUGCGGCUGCUGCUCCUGGAAAAGAAGGAUGAGAAUCUGCAGCUCACUGACAAGUACCUGGAGCAGGUCCGAGGGCUGGAGAUGAAGCUCCAUCAUACCCAGAAAGUGCUGAGGACCCAUGAGAAGAUGCAGGAGAAGAUGAAAGAGGUCCUGUCGGCUGUCCCUGAGGCUGCUCUGGGCUGCCAGGAGCUCCAGAGCCUGCUGCGCUACCUGGGCCUGAAGCCAGCCAGCAAGGAAGCUGCCGAGCCGCUAUAGCCUGUAGCCUGAAACCUUUCCUGUUGUUAAUGUUGUAAUUAUUUACUGAAUAAAGUCGUGUUGGCUUUUA